AUGCAGUGGCUGUGGCCCCUGGCUGUCUCUCUUGCUGCAGUGUCAACUGUGGGGCUAAGCAGUCACCGAGCAUCAACCCAGGAGCAGCAGAGUCGAUCCAAGAGAGGCACUGAGGACGAGGAGGCUAAGGGGGUGCAGCAGUAUGUCCCUGAGGAGUGGGCUGAGUACCCCCGGCCCAUCCACCCUGCUGGCCUGCAGCCCACCAAGCUCUUGGUGGCCACCAGCCCAAAUCCAGACAAGGAUGGGGGCACCUUGGGCAGUGAGCAGGAGCCGAGGGGCAACCUGACAGGGACGCCGGGGCGGAGGCUGCAGAUCCAGAACCCUCUGUACCCAGUGACCGAGAGCUCCUACAGUGCCUAUGCCAUUAUGCUCCUGGCUCUGGUGGUGUUUGCUGUGGGCAUUGCGGGCAACCUAUCGGUCAUGUGCAUCGUGUGGCACAGCUAUUACCUGAAGAGUGCCUGGAACUCCAUCUUGGCAAGCCUGGCCCUCUGGGAUUUCCUGGUCCUCUUUUUCUGCCUCCCUAUUGUCAUCUUCAAUGAGAUCACUAAGCAGAGGCUGCUGGGUGACGUUUCUUGUCGGGCCGUGCCCUUCAUGGAGGUCUCUUCUCUGGGAGUCACCACUUUCAGCCUUUGUGCCUUGGGCAUUGACCGCUUCCACGUGGCCACCAGCACACUGCCCAAGUUGAGGCCCAUCGAGCGGUGCCAGUCGAUCCUGGCCAAGCUGGCCGUCAUCUGGGUGGGCUCCAUGAUGCUGGCUGUGCCUGAGCUACUGCUGUGGCAGUUGGCACAGGAACCUGGCCCCACCUCGGGCACCGUGGACUCCUGCAUCAUGAAACCCUCGGCCAGCCUGCCUGAGUCCCUCUACUCUCUGGUGAUGACCUACCAGAAUGCCCGCAUGUGGUGGUACUUUGGCUGUUACUUCUGCCUGCCUAUCCUCUUCACUGUCACCUGCCAGCUGGUGACUUGGCGGGUGCGGGGUCCUCCGGGCAGGAAGCCGGAGUGCCGAGCCGGGCUGCAUGAGCAGUGUGAACGCCAGCUCAACAGCACCGUGGUGGGUCUGACAGUGGUGUACACCCUCUGCACCCUCCCCGAGAACGUCUGCAACCUCGUGGUGGCCUACCUCUCCACUGAGCUGACCCGCCAGACCCUGGACCUCCUGGGCCUCAUCAAUCAGUUCUCCACUUUCUUCAAAGGGGCUGUCACUCCAGUGCUGCUCCUGUGCAUCUGCAGGCCACUGGGCCAGGCCUUCCUGGACUGCUGCUGCUGCUGCUGCGAAGAGUGUGGGGCCUCCCAGGCCGUGGCGGCCAACGCCUCAGACAACAAGCUCAAGACCGAGAUGUCCUCUUCCAUCUACUUCCACAAGCCCAGGGAGUCUCCCCCGCUCCUGCCCCUGGGCACACCAUGCUGA